CUUUCGGGUUCGGCAGGAAAGGCAAGGACAAGAUUUGAACCUCGUCCGAUUCGACCCUCUCCGAUUUACUCCAGAAUAUCCAAACCCGUGUUGCACAUCACCGUCCACCACAGCACAACCGCCACGAUGAGACCUACGCAAGCUCUUAUGGGAGGACCCAGCGUCCCCCACGGAAAGUACUCUCACUACCUCGGCUGGUGGGGACACAUUGGUGGCGAGAAGCAGAGAGGUAUCAUCACCUACGGCAUCACCCCCAACCGCCAGAACCCCUUCGCCGGCGCCGCCCACGACGCCGUCUUCAACACCUGGCGCCGCUUCAGCCACCAGGUCCUCUACUUUCUCCCUCCCCUGGUCGCCGGCUGGUACAUCAUGGACUGGGCCACCCACCGCAACCACUACCUGAACUCCAAGCAGGGCCGCGCCGAGUUCGGCGACGAGGAGUAG